GUGAUGGUUUUUCAAUCUUUUAUACUAGGUAAUCUAGUAUCCUUAUGCAUGAAGAUAAUCAAUUCGGUCGCUGUGGUCGGACUCUAUUAUGGAUUUCUGACCACAUUCUCCAUAGGGCCCUCUUAUCUCUUCCUUCUCCGAGCUCGGGUUAUGGACGAAGGAGAAGAAGGAACCGAGAAGAAAGUAUCAGCAACAACUGGUUUUAUUGCGGGACAGCUCAUGAUGUUCAUAUCGAUCUAUUAUGCGCCUCUGCAUUUAGCAUUGGGUAGACCUCAUACAAUAACUGUCCUAGCUCUACCGUAUCUUUUGUUUCAUUUCUUCUGGAACAAUCACAAACACUUUUUUGAUUAUGGAUCUACUACCAGAAAUGAAAUGCGUAAUCUUCGCAUUCAAUGUGUAUUCCUGAAUAAUUUCAUUUUUCAAUUAUUCAACCAUUUCAUUUUACCAAGUUCAAUGUUAGCCAGAUUAGUCAACAUUUAUAUGUUUCGAUGCAACAACAAGAUGUUAUUUGUAACAAGUAGUUUUGUUGGUUGGUUAAUUGGUCACAUUUUAUUCAUGAAAUGGGUUGGAUUGGUAUUAGUCUGGAUACAGCAAAAUAAUUCUAUUAGGUCUAAUGUACUUAUUAGAUCUAAUAAGUAUAAGUUCCUUGUGUCAGAAUUGAGAAAUUCUAUGACUCGAAUCUUUAGUAUUAUCUUAUUUAUUACCUGUGUCUACUAUUUAGGCAGAAUACCAUCACCCAUUUUUACUAAGAAACUAAAAGGAACCUCAGAAACGGGUGGGACUAAACAGGACCAAGAGGUAUCCACCGAAGAAGCUCCUUUUCCUUCUCUUUUUUCGGAAGAAAGGGAGGAUCUGGACAAAAUCGAUGAAAUGGAAGAAAUCGGAGUGAAUGGAAAAGACAAAAUUAAUAAGGAUGAUGAAUUCCACGUUCGAACAUACUAUAACUAUAAAACAGUUUCUGAAAAUCGAGAUGGAAAUAAAGAAAAUUCGAAUUUAGAAUUUUUCAAAAUAAAAAAAAAAGAGGAUCAUUAA